AUGAGUCAGUGUUUAGUCUCAGUGCUUCAGAACAGCGAAGAGAUCUACACCUGCAACUUGCCGAUUUGUCACCAGUCGCGGCGCGAACGCCUGGCGCUCGAGGAGGAGGUGCGCAUUCGCGACCUGCCAGAUCUCACGGAGCUUACGUUACCGAGGAAGCCCAAGAAGAUCAAGGAGAGUUCCACUGAACCCCACUUGAAGCAACUUCCCUGGCUCGGUGCUGAGCUGUCAGCGACGCCCACUGAGCUGCCGAUGCUGGUGCACUGGGCGGACGGCCGCAGCUACCGCGGGGGGUGGCACCCGAACGGGUGGCCGGAAGGCCAUGGAGAACUUCAG